CAAAGAGUCACUCAAUUAUUAUAUGAGUAGACACAACACAAAUACACAAUUACAAAGAUCAACCAUAAGGAUAAUUUGGUAAAUGAGUCGCAUGCAUCUAGUGUCUUAACUGGCCUUUUAUAUAGAGUUAGCUCCACAUGAUUGGUAUAUGCUGUCAGCUAGAUCUAUUCCAUUUUCAUAUAAUAAUCCCGCGAAUUUCUUCUCAAUACUAUACUAUACUGUCUUCCUUUGCUCCUCAUUCCUUUCUCACAAAAACGUGGUGGCAUGGAGGACGAAAAUUAUUCAAAGGGAAUAAUGAGAACACAAUCAGAUCAACUAGUAGAGUCAGUGGUAGCAUCUUUAAAAUCGCCACCAGGAUCAAGUGAGUCAAUACGCGGAGUGGUGGAAGGUGGUAGUGGGAGUUUGAUAAGGAAGUCGAGCAAGAGGGCGUCGCCGAGCGGAAGAAACACACACAUAAGGAAGGCAAGGAGUGCCCAAACUUCAUUGAAAGUUGAUUUGGAUGAUGUUAGUAGUGGUGCUGCCCUUAGUAGAGCUUCAAGUUUGGGACUCUCAUUCUCUUUCACUGGAUUCUCUAUUCCUCUUGAUGAAAUCUCUAGCUCCAAACCAUUCAGUGAUGAUGAUAUCCCUGAGGAUAUUGAAGCUGGAAUUCACAAGCCAAAGUUUCAAACGGAACCUACUCUGCCAAUAUAUCUAAAGUUCACGGAUGUGACAUACAAGGUAGUGAUUAAGGGUAUGACAACAAGUGUGGAGAAAGACAUAUUGAAAGGGAUCAGUGGUUGUGUAAAUCCAGGGGAGGUUUUGGCAUUGAUGGGUCCUUCUGGAAGUGGAAAAACAUCUUUGUUAAAUUUACUUGGUGCUAGAUCAUGUCAACCAACAGUUGGUGGUUCUAUCACUUAUAAUGACCAACCAUAUUCCAAGUUCCUUAAGAGCAGGAUUGGAUUUGUGACACAAGAUGAUGUUCUGUUUCCUCACUUGACUGUGAAGGAAACAUUGACAUAUGCAGCUCGUUUAAGGUUGCCAAAAACAUUAACCAGACAGCAAAAGGAAAAAAGGGCUUUAGAUGUUAUCUAUGAGCUAGGCUUGGAGAGGUGCCAAGACACUAUGAUAGGAGGUUCAUUUGUUAGAGGAGUAUCUGGUGGAGAGAGGAAGAGGGUUUGCAUUGGCAAUGAGAUCAUUAUCAAUCCUUCUCUUUUGUUUCUUGAUGAACCAACAUCUGGUUUGGAUUCUACAACAGCCUUGAGAAUUGUUCAAAUGCUACAUGACAUCGCUGAGGCUGGUAAAACUAUAGUGACAACAAUUCAUCAACCAUCAAGUAGACUCUUUCACAAAUUUGACAAGUUGAUCCUUUUGGGAAAAGGGAACUUGCUUUACUUUGGAAAAGCAUCAGAAGCAAUGGACUACUUUGGAUUUAUAGGUUGUACUCCUCUAAUUGCAAUGAAUCCAGCAGAGUUUUUAUUAGACCUUGCAAAUGGAAACAUGAAUGAUAUUUCUGUACCAUCAGAGUUAGAGGAUAAAGUGCAUAUGGGAAAUGUAGAAGUUGAAACAUCCAAUGGAAAACCAUCAGCUGCAGUUGUACAAGAUUAUCUGGUGGAGGCAUAUGAGACUCGAGUAGCGGAAACAGAGAAGAAAAAACUAAUGGAUCCAAUUCCACUCGACGAAGAAGUGAAGUCUAAGGUUUAUUCGCGUAAAAGACAGUGGGGAGCAAGUUGGUUUGAGCAAUAUACAAUAUUGUUUUCAAGAGGAUUCAAAGAACGUAGGCAUGAAUAUUUUAGCUGGUUGAGAAUAACACAAGUUCUUUCCACUGCUGUCAUAUUGGGGUUACUUUGGUGGCAAUCAGAUGCUAGCAACCCAAAGGGUCUUCAAGACCAGGCAGGAUUGCUUUUCUUUAUCGCGGUGUUUUGGGGAUUCUUUCCUGUGUUCACAGCAAUAUUUACAUUUCCUCAAGAGAGAGCAAUGUUGAAUAAGGAAAGAGCAACAGAUAUGUACAGAUUAAGUGCAUACUUUGUGGCUAGAACUACAAGUGACCUUCCACUAGACCUUGUAUUGCCAGUGCUUUUCCUUAUUGUUGUUUAUUUCAUGACUGGUUUGAGACUAAGUGUGGGACCCUUUUUCCUUAGUAUUCUUACAGUUUUUCUUUGUGUUGUGGCAGCUCAGGGACUUGGACUUGCUAUUGGAGCUACACUAAUGGACUUGAAAAGGGCAACAACUUUGGCUUCAGUCACUGUCAUGACUUUCAUGUUGGCUGGGGGAUUCUUUGUAAAGAAAGUGCCCAUAUUUAUAUCAUGGAUUCGGUACCUAUCAUUCAACUACCACACAUACAACCUAUUGCUGAAGGUACAAUAUGAACAUAUUACACCAAGCAUAAAUGGAAUCAGAAUUGACAGUGGUUACAAUGAAGUUGUUGCUCUAAUAGCCAUGGUUUUUGGUUACCGUAUAUUGGCAUAUUUUUCUCUACGGUGGAUGAAAAUUCAACCUUGAUCUUAAAAACUUGGAGGAGAUGCACUUCCUCUGUAUUAGAAGUAGAAGGGUGAUAUUGAAUGACGGCUCAUAUAAUUAUAUCAUAUCAUAUGACUACCAAAUGGAAAGUGCUAAGCUUUGUUUGGUUACAUCUAAUCUUGUUUUGUUUAUAUUGUAUUUCAUUUGCCAUUUUCAAAUAACAAAAGCACGUUCAAUGUUAUCAAUAUCAGAUUCUAGAGUUAGUUUUUUUUUUUUUUUUUGGAAAAAUAGUAAACUAUUUAGGUUGAGUAGUUUAAAUGUGAAGGGAGAGAUAAUGGAUUUUGUUUGGUUGAGUGAAGUUGUCUCACAAGGGAAGACAAACAAUUUUAUCUGGAAAAAAAGUUACAUUAUAUGUCUUCGCAAUA